UUAAAAUAUUUUUUUGUGGUUUUUUUUUUUGUUUGUUUGUUUUCUUCAUAUCAGCUAGUGUUCUUUUUAUCUGGGAGAUAUUAUCAAACUGAAAUAAUGAAAAACUAUUCUAAUCCUUCAUGCAUUUAAUCAAAAUGGUUACCAUUUUAUAAAAAGAAUUUAUCUGAUGAAGGAAACGACGCCAAAGAAGUUCAAGAAUCAAUUGCACAAUUGGUAUUACUAUUCCAAGCCAUCACCACUAUCACCUUUGUCCAUUCUGGAAGUCAAAUAAAAAAAUGAGAAGAAAACAUACUACUAUGAUACAACAAAUGGAACCCAUAAGAUUGUGAUACUGCUGCGCAUACUGUUUACCUGUUUUUCAGAUUACUUGAUGCAGGUUCCAUAUUCUCAAAAAAGGAUAAAAAUCUUUUGCCAACCUAUAAGUACAAACCUUAAAAGGAAGAUGGAGGAAUUAGCAGAUUUAGCAGAAACAUUACUCUUGUCAUUGACAUUAGCUGAAAAACAACUUCCUGAGAAAUUAUGGAUAAUUAAAACAUUGCAGGACCUUUCCACUUCUGAAGAAAACUGCAAAUUUAUGAUGACAGCUCAAGCACCAAAAAUAUUAUGUUCUCAUAUGAAUGAUGUUGACCCCUCUGGAAAGUUGCUGUUCUGUUCCUCCGAAAUCCUCUGGAAUUUGUUAGAGAAAGGUUCCAAGGAAGAAAUUAUUAAUCAGCUCAGUAAUGUGGAAUGUGUAAAUGCUCUGAAGGAAGCAUUUUUGAACCUGUUUUUGCGUGCCUCCAGCCAUUAUGAUCGUCAGCUAAGAAAUGACAUUUUAGUAAUAUCCACUCUCAUAGCUCAAAACCCAGGAGCACCAAUGAUUGAAACUGGAUUUGCCAAACAGUUAAUACUUGUUGCCACUUCUUUUGAAGUGAAAAGCCAUAAACCUUUGGUAAAAGGCUUCAAGCUUACUUACUGUUAUGAAGAUUUUGAAUGGAAAAAGUUGCUGUUUAACAUGCUUACUGUACUCUCAAAAGAUUUAUGUACUGUGCAGCUGCUGCAUGAGGGUAAAGUUAUGCUGGCUUUGUUUCAUUAUGUAAAACCAAAUCAGAAGCCAGGAGUGCGUGACUGGUCCGUAGCCCAGUACGAAGAAUUACAGCUCCAUGCAAUUGCUACUUUAGCUACAAUGGCUCCCUUGUUGGUAGAAGACUACAUGGCAUGCCAAGGAAAUACUCGCCUUCUCAUGUUUCUAAAAUGGUGUGCAGGCAAUGAUCCCUUCUUUGGUCAAGGCAACAGUUUCCAUGGUACAGGUGGUCGUGGCAACAAAAUAGCACAGAUGCACUACAGCUUGAGAGUACUGAAUUCUGUGGUCUCCCUUGGUGAUGCUGCUGCGAAUCUUGAUCUUUGCGAUCAGGGAGCAAUUAAUCAGCUGUUGAGUAUCUUAAAGAGUACAGCAAACAAUUUCAAAGAAAAAGAAGAUGCCAUUGUGGUUGAAAUUCAGACGGAUAUCUUUCUUAUCUUGUCAGCUCUUUGUGAAAAUAAUGUUCAUAGAAAGGAAAUCUUUGGAUGGGAAGGAGUGGAUACACUUAUUCAAUUUAUGAAGAUGGAUGCAAAGAAAUUCUAUAGUGGACUGGGUCAUAACCAUCUCCUUUUUAGCACUCUGGACUGUUUAUGGUGCUGUGUGAUUGGCUGUACCAUUUUAGAGGAUUAUUUUCUUGAAAAAGAGGGCCUCUUCACCCUUCUGGAUUUGCUAGUGUUAAAUGAAACCAAUGUAUGCAAUCUGAUUCUUGGAAUAUUAGUUGAGUUUUGUGACAACCCUAAAACUGUUUCCCAUAUCAAUGCCUGGCGAGGGGAAAAAGACCAAACUGCAGCUAAUCUAUUGAUAAAUCUAUGGAGGCAAGAAGAGGAGGAGAUGGGAGUGAAACAUGAUAAACUUGGGAGAAUUGCUGAUAUAAAAAACCCAUUAGUCGGCCAGUUCCAAAAACAACAAGAAAUUAUUCCAAUGCCUGCUACUUGUCCCACUGUUGCUGUCAUGGAUGUUGCUAAAAACAUGAGAGCAAAGAUUUAUUGUUUAAUAUGUAAACUAGGCUUUGAAAAUUUGCCUGGCCUCUCUGCGAAGGAUUUUGUUACACUUGCUGUUAUACGUAGAUACCUUGACUUUAAGGUUGGUGAAAUCUGGGGUGAAGUUUGUGCUGAGCUUAAAAAAGAAAAGUUCUACAGACCAGUCACUGCUGAUCAGGAAGCAUUGCAAGAUAUUACUGAAGCAUUUGAAAAUGUUGGAAUGAUGGUUCUCUCCCUCCAGAAUGAAAUGCUGGAAAGCAAGCAAUACCAGGAACUUUGGGAGGAAGAAAAAAGCUAUGCUAAGAUUCAAUUUCUCCAUAAGCAGAAGGAGAUGGUAAAUAAAUCUUGGGAAAAUUUAUUGAUCCGUACAUCAAAUUAUGAGGCUUUAAAGAGAGCAAACAGACUCCAAGAAAAAUCCAUUGAAGAAUCUAGAACAAAGGAAAGACAACAUAAUGCAACAUUCCAUCCAACUGAAAUUAAAGGCCUGAAUAUAACUAAUCCUGUGCAAUCUGUGUUGUUUUUCCAGGUUGCACCCGGUCGCCUAGCAACAGUGGAAAGUUCCUCUGCUGAACUGACCAGAGGGCCACUCACUGACACAGAGCUUGCACUCAAAAAGUUCCCUAUUCGUGAAGGAGCCUUUAAAAAAGUUGAAGAAGUUUAAGCAAUUGAUUUGUUUUAAAAAGAUUCCGUAUCUGUACAAUAAACAUUAUCCAGUACUGCUCCAGA